GGCGGGGUGGGGUCUCUGUGUUUAUGGGAAUUUGUGUAGCAUACGGGAUCGAAAUAUUGUAUCUGAAAUUUAGAAACGACGAAGAGGGCGUCAAUAAAUAAAUCGACUGCCUUGCACACCCAUUUAAAAUCUAUUCAGUGCAUUCAGAUUGGACGCAAGAUCCAGUACUUAGUACUUUUAACAUAUAUGUCGUUAAAUAGUUUAAUUUAAUCGAGUUAAUCUGAAACUGUUUUACGUUUAAGCGAAAGAUAUAUUACAAGUAAAGAAAGUGAAAUAUACACGUAAAAUAUACUUAAAAGGUAAAUCUGCAUUGACUACAUAAUUCGAGUUGCUUUCACUUCUAAACGGCAAUACUUGGAAGCGCGAGUUCAUUUUCUGGAAACGCACCGUAACAGGGACCAUGUGGAUACACGUGGCCAGCAUCUUCACCCUUCACGUCACCACUGUGAUCCUCCUCCUCAUCGCCACCAUCAAAAAUGCGUGGUGGUAUACGGACACAAUGGCGACAGACGUGUGGGGAAGGUGGAGAAUGGUGGGCAGAGGCUGGACAUACAGUGAACUGCCUGGCAGUUACCCUGACGAGCCACUCCAGGUUGUGCAGGCCACCACAGUCCUGGCCUGUUUGUUCUCCAUCCUGGGCCUUUGUGUGUAUGUGGCGCAGCUCUUCCUGCUCAAAAAGGGGCAGAAGUUCAUACUCUCCUGCGUUUUCCAGCUCAUCUCCUGUCUCUGUAUAAUGAUCGCUGCGUCUGUCUACACGGCCACCUUCCACACGGACGAGGAAGGCUGGUACGGCCCUUCCUACGUCCUGGCGUGGAUUUCCUUUGUCUUCACCCUCAUCUCCAGCAUCUGCUACUUCUUCCUGCUCAAGACGACCACCGAGUUAUGAAAAGGCCGGGGGGGCAAAAGGAAGGCAAAGAAUACUUUCAUAAAGAAGCCAAGAGUAGAUAUUCCGCAGUCUCUUAGUAACUCACUGGUUAGUUGAGUCACAAAGGAUAAGGAUCUGAAAGAGGAGAUGAAAAUAUACAGCGUAUCAUAUUGUAUCGUACCAAUAUGUUUUUACUGGUGGAAGAAUCAACUUCUAUCCAUUUUAGAAUAAUUGUAGAAAUUGAGAGACUGUAAUGAUGAAGGAGGUGGCAGAUUACAUAAGGGUUAUAAACAGGGAGAUGGUACAAAGAAUUAACUAAAACACAUUGUAUAUAACAAACGUUACUUAGUGAGUGUGUGGUACCCAAGGACUGAUCUUCCUUUGAACCCAUUUCUGUAUGAUGGUGUUCAUUCAUUUGGUAGAAGAUGAAAGUUGAAUUAUGCAUGUGAUUUUUGUCAAGUUUACAAGGUUUGCUUAAAUGUGACACCGGGGGCAUUAUCGGAGUACAAAACAACGGCUUCCAUGAAUGGCACGGGCAAACAAACCCCAGUCGUCAUUAACCAUCGUGCCGUGAAUAAUAAGUGGUCCGUUGGAGGGAAGCAACAUUUGGUUUCACUCUCUCCCUUGUUUUUAGAAACUCCACAAGGUCUAAAUGGUGGCAGGCACAACAGACUAUGGCGAGCUUUCGGGAAUUAAAUUGCUCUCGCCGAAAAUGAAACUGGUCAGCGUUGGUGCUUGUGUGACUGACAGGGGUGAUAAGUGUUUGUCAUAACGUUCCACGCAACCCUGCUCAAACAGAACAGUUCCAAGUUUUCCAUUUGCGAUGGAAGCAUGCCAGAGCACCUCUAAGCUGUGACAGUCUAAACUGCAUUAUUGUGUAAUAAGUCACUGGUAGGUAGCAUGGUACAUUAUUGAUAGGACUUUGAUAUAUACAUAAUGCUGAAAUGUAAUUUCAAUGACUGUAUUUUAUGAGCCAUAUAUUACUUUACAUAUAUAUAGAUAUUAGAUUUAUUGAAUAUCCAUCUUUGAUCAGUCAGGCCAAAAAACUGUACUGGAUAAGAAAUAAUUCAGGUAAAACAGGACAACUUCUAUGUUUAAGCACGUUGUACAUGUAUAUAAAAUUUGUUUUUCUAACAUUUUUACUGGAAUUUUAAUCAGUGUAAAUUUGCAUCAUGUUUUAUGAAGUUUUUUUGGAGAAAAAGUCGUUUUGCCCAUCA